AUGGGUCGCAGAAAGAUUGAGAUUAAAGCUAUCAAAGAUGAUCGGAACCGAUCAGUAACCUUCCUAAAAAGAAAGGGUGGCCUAUUCAAAAAGGCACACGAACUAUCCGUAUUAUGCUCCGUCGAUGUUGCCGUUUUCAUCUUUGGAAACAACAAAAAGCUGUAUGAGUAUUCUUCGACAGACAUGCGCGACCUCAUCAGCAGGUACCAAUUUCACGGCGGCCCAAACGAACACAAGGGACCUGCAGACUUCAACGGCGGAAACGACGAUGACGAUGACGAUGACGGCGAUGGCACUCCACCACGAGGACACGAAGGACCCGAGCACCAAAUGAUGCCUCCCCAGUUCCAUGGCCAUGGCCAGGCUCCUUUUGCUCAUAUUCGCCACCAUACCCCUUCAGCAUCACCGCCAGUACCAAAUGGCGGGCCAUUUCAAGCACAUCCAGGACACCCAGGUCACCCAGGUCAUCCUGGGCCACGGGGCAACACUCCGCAGCCUCCGAUGGGAUCAAGACCUGGUUCUCGAAAUGACAUGCGAAGAAUAGGGCCAAACAUGGUGCCUCAACCUCAUGGCGCCCAUCCUGGCAUUACGUACAUGCCCACCCCACCAAUCUAUCAAGGAUCGAAUCAACCCGGUAUGGUGGCGCCUCAACCCGCCGGACCAUAUCCAUAUGCUCCCCAACAUCAACAACAACACCAUCAUCAUCAACAGCAGCAGCAGCAGCAACAGCAACAUCAACAACAGCACCAGCAGCCGCCACCGCAACCGCCACCACCACAGCCAUAUGUGGAUGACCGUCGGCCGUCAGCUCCCCCUGGAUACGCUCCUCAACCACCACCUCACAGUAAUAGCCAACAACACCCAUUGCCUCCUCAACAUCCAGGACCACAUAUUUCCCCUCCUCCACAGCCUGAACGCCGACUUCAAGAUCCACCGCCGCCUCCGCGUGUUGAACCAAAGAUAGAGCCUGUGGACCGACAGCCACUGGGGUUGAAUACCGACGUUGCCAUCAAGAAGUUACCUCAGAGAAAGUCGCACAGUAUAUUCACACCCAUCGAAGAGAACCGGUCCAUUCUGUCACAACACCUGGCUUCGUUCACAACCGAAUCCCAAGGCGUCAAAGCGGAGUCAAAUCGGUCGCAAUCAGUUGAUGUUUCAUCUCGCGGUGGUCCAUCUACCUCACCACAGCUGAAACGAUCAAGUACACAAAACAGCCUGGACAAGACUCGGGCAACAUCGGUUUCUUCGGGUGCAGAUAACACUUUUACUCCCCCGUCAAGAUCUAAUAGCUUGAAGAUUGGCGGUCCUGGCGGUGCCUCGCGACCCAGAGGCCCUCGUCUGACUGUGCAAAUCCCCGAUGGCGCGUCAGAACCCGGCAGUGCUGGCGAGUCAAACUCGCCGCAUAACCCAACCAUCACGCCAACCCAAGCCCCUCGGCACAAUUCAGUUGUUCUCCCGCCACCAUCUCCGUCAGCAUCCGCUCUUCUCUCUGCGGGUGCGACAGGACCGCCAAACCCGUUUGCUCGACCACCACCGCAGCACCCGCCCCCGCAGCAAAAUGUGAACGGUGAGACGCCAGUGUCCGCACUGCCGUCCCGAUUCCUUCAACAUGAGUUGCUUCCAAGCCCCAGCAGCUUCCUCCCGGAUUGGAAUUUCCGUGGAAGCGAUAGCAACACCCUUCCAAGUCCACUAAACUUUGCUACUCCUGUCGUUGGCACUGGGCCAAGCUUUCUAAGAGAUGAUAAUCACGGCAGCGGGGCCAACCACAAUAGCAGCACGAGCAACAACAGCAGCCACAGUACAACGUCAACUGCAGCUACUCUUGCAAGUACCACAGCAACAAGUGGCGCAACCUCAACGACUGGAGCGGCGGGAAUGACGAAACGCAAGAGUCCCGAGUUUGGAGGCGGGAACCAAAAUGAAGGACAAGGAGGAGCUAGUGAAGCUAAGAGACUCAAGGUUGAGUACACUUGA